UUGGGGGCUCCCAGCCUGCUCUCCCUCUGCAGCCUCGUCCAUCGUGCUGAACAACUUUUGCAACAACAAUCAAGAACCAUGGUCCAGCAACAGCCGAUUAGUCUGCCCGCCAAACUUAUCAAUGGAGGGAUUGCAGGCAUGGUAGGAGUCACCUGUGUCUUCCCCAUCGACCUGGCCAAGACGCGCCUGCAGAACCAGCGCAGUGGGCAGCAACUGUACAAGAACAUGAUGGAUUGCCUUGUUAAGACAGUGAAAUCUGAAGGCUACUUUGGCAUGUACAGAGGUGCUGCAGUAAAUCUUACCCUGGUAACCCCAGAGAAGGCCAUAAAACUUGCUGCUAAUGACUUUUUUCGUCACCAAUUGAGCAAAGAUGGUGGUAAACUUACGGUUUUCAAAGAGAUGCUGGCGGGAUGUUGUGCAGGAAUGUGCCAGGUCAUUAUCACAACACCCAUGGAGAUGCUCAAGAUUCAGCUCCAGGAUGCAGGCAGGCUUGCGGCCCAGCAAAGGGUGAUGCCCAGUGUGGCAACAGCACUGAAGAUGGGCAGGGCCAGUGCUGUCCCCAGCCGUUCCUAUAACACCGUUCCUUCACCUCAAGUCAUGCGUAUGUCUGCCAUAGACAUCACCAAAGAGCUGCUGAGGACCAAAGGAAUCACAGGACUGUACAGGGGACUUGGGGCCACACUAAUGAGGGACAUCCCUUUCUCGGUUGUGUAUUUCCCUCUUUUCGCACAUCUGCACCAGCUUGGCCAACAUUCACCAGAAGACCCAUCUGUACCUUUCUAUUGGUCCUUCAUGUCUGGUUGCUUGGCUGGAUCUAUUGCUGCUGUGGCUGUCAGUCCUUGUGAUGUGGUAAAGACAAGGCUACAAUCUCUCAAAAAAGGAGCCAAUGAGGAAACUUACAAUGGAGUGAUGGACUGCGUCAGAAAGAUCCUGAGGAAAGAGGGGCCCGGGGCUUUCCUCAAGGGGGCCAGUUGCCGGGCUCUAGUUAUUGCCCCACUCUUUGGCAUUGCCCAGGUUGUGUACUUUGUAGGAGUUGGAGAGUUCCUGCUGGGGUACACCCCUUACAACAUCUAUUCUGCCUAAACAAGCUGUUUCUGCCAGCUCAUUAAAAUGCGACAGCUAUUGUGUAGCGAUGGGUCCAGCUCUCGAUUACUGUGCAAUCUCUUUAUUGUUAGAUGUUGAGGGUAAAAUGCUAAAGGGACCAGAAAGAACUGUUUUGUUCCAAAAUGGUUUCCAUAUAUGCCUUUAGCAAGACUGUCUCUUAUUAAAGAGACUCAUUUAAAAGCUUCCUUGUCUUUGGGUUUCAGUGGAACAGCAAAAGAAUUAAGGUGCUUCCCUCACUGAGACUUAACAGCCCAACACUGAUCACAAUUUAGCUCAUAACAAACCAAAGCUUUUCCCCAUUUCUUAAAAUUUGCUCCAACUGCUAAAUACAUCGCACACUACUCACCCUUCACUGUAACCUUAACCUGGAUAUCCCAUCAGUUGCCCUUGCUUGGCAACCACUAAGUAAUGGCUUUUGAACUAUUGUAAGAGACUGCCAAGUAUAGCCAAAUAUCAUAGCAGGAUAUCAAAACUUUACUUGAAUAACUUCUAACAUGUUUUAAAAGUUUACAAGUGAAACUGGGAUAUAAAUCUUGCUCCUGUGUAUAUAUUGUACAUUUGUUUCUAAAGUGGAUACAUGUUUUAAAUAAUGUCUGCCAAAAUGAUAAUUUCCACCAUCAUCUAAACAGCCAGACUAGGAAGAAAUGUGGAAAACAGAUUUUAAAGUCAUAUCAUAGAAGAAUGAAACAUUUGGACUAUCUGUUCACCAGGUUGCCUUAAAAUAAUACACUUAAAUACACUUUGCCCAGAUUUAGUCACAGCAGAUCAUUUAUAGAGUUAAAUUUUCAUUAGAAUUGUAGCUAUUAAUUUUUACAACUGCAAUGUGAAUCUCUGCACAACUCUGUUUGCUUAUUGCACAAGUUUGAAAUCUUUAGAUAAAUAUAAUCCCUCCAGUCAUGUGCAUAUUAUCCCAGAAAACUGCUUUUAUUGUCAGGGAAAUGUUUGAUUACAGCACAGUUAAAUGCUGGUGGACAUCACGUUUCAUGAUGGGCUUAUUAAGCUGGGACCAAGUUUUCUGGUGAAAAAGAGACAAAAAAAGGUGCAACAUGCAGCCCCGCUCUCUAAUUUAUUGUUGUUUGCCCUAUGAGGUUGUAUCUUAAUCACGAAGAGGCAGAAAUACAUUUGCCUUCUUUUUCUGUCUCAAUUAAAUUUCAUGGGUCAGAUGUAGAUGUUCAGAUUUGCCAAACUGUGCAAUUAGAUCAGAUUUACCCACCAAACAUGUCAAA